AUGAUCUUUUCAGAACCUGCAGACGGAUAUCCGGAGUCAACAGUGAGUCAGCAGCUCAGUUUGAGUGUUGGUGAUGACAGUCUCGGUAGUUGGUCCAAUCUGAGUUUUGAAGAAGACCACCCAGAUGAGAGCAGCAGCUUUCACCAUCUAAGUGACAGUAAUGGAAACAGCAGUAGCUGGAGCAGUCUGGGUUUAGAAGGCGAGGUUUAUGAAGAGCAUUUGUCCUUCUCUCCAUCAGACAGCGACGGCACUGAAGAGAAGGAAGCUGAGGCCAAAGAGGAUUCAGGCGGAGCGGUGCGAGUGGAGAGGGAGCAUGGGCCGGCAGAAAGAGCUCUGCUGGUGGUCAGUACAGAUGUCCAGGGUCGAGCUGUGGACCCCCAGUUGACGGCUGUGCUCCAGUGGAUCGCCGCUUCUAUCACUGAUCUGUCUUUAAUGCAGCUGAGCCAGUUCUCAGCCCAGGAGCUGCAGCAGCUGCCGGCCGUAGCGCAGAGGCUGAGGGAGAGAGAGUUCAGGGUCGGCGACCUCCUCCAGGCUCUUUUGAGAUAUUUUGAAGAACGUCGCUCUGAGGAAGAGGUCGGGAACACAAGGAACGGCCACAAGAGCCUCUUCCAGUGGCUUCUGGAGCAAGCGUAAAUCACAUCACACUGACACCCAUCAGCCAUUAAACCAUGAAGUUUCCUGUCACUUUACAGUGAUCUGCAAUGUAUCUGCCAAACCUAGAGGCAUAGCCAGUGGAAUGUGUUUGUGUUGUGUAUUGCUUGUGCACCCAGGGGGCGCCAUAGAAACAACUGAAGUAAUCUAAGAGCCGUUCGUUCAAGUGUGUGUAUUGCAUGCCGUGACCGAGAGUACCUUUUGCUUGCUUUCACCUCUCUUUUUAUUGUCACUUUGUUUUCUUUAAGAUUAGACUGCAUAUCACACUUUUGGCACGCCUUCACUGAAGCCUACCCGUGUUUUGCAUUCACACCCUGCCCCAACACAAAAACUGAUGGGUUUUAUGAGUUGGUGUCUUGUUAGGGAAUCCGCAUGGCUGCAGGAAAGCUUAUGUCAUUUCCAUACCUCUCCUUUGCGGUGAUGUUUGCACUUGUCGAAGAGAUCAGCCUUGCAGACCAGCAGCGCUCCAGGUCAACAUAAGGUAUUCCAUGACUCAGAACACAUAAGAGAAUCACAGGGUAGUUAUAACAAACAACCCUGUUUCAGCACAUUUUUGGCAACAACACUUGCAUACCAGUUAAGCUGUUAAAAAUAUAAUUUCACUGGUAAUUAGUUACUGUUGAAAGAAUCCAUCAACAAAUAGUCAGUAGUUUUGCAUUCCCGUCAUAUGACUCAUACAUUUUUUCAGUUAUUUCAGUGUGAUCAGCUAUUCAUAAUGGUUUCAAAUGAAUUGGUAUACCUGUAACUAUGCUUUUAUAGUGUUUAAAAUUUAAUUGUUUACAACCCUAGCUGCAAUCAGGCUCCACAUGAUCCAACGCCCAUAAAGAAUCAAACACGUUUUAGUUCACUACAAAGUGAAGGGAUUUUGGUUGCCAACUUGCGGGAAAAACACAGCAUACUAUUAAACUUAGCUUUAAUUCAACCAAAAAUGCUUAAAUUACUAAAAUUACUCACUCUCGUGUUGUUCGA